GAAGAACUACCACGUGCUUGUUCAACAUAACCCUUUUUAUUUUGAAUUUUUGAAAUAUUUGUUUUUAAAUGUGUUGUUUUGUGAAUUCCUUAAUCGUAAUUUCCAUACUGUUUGUAUCUUAUUUUAUUCUUUUCAUUUAAAUUAAAAUAGUAGUGCCUGAUAAAAAGUUAGUCAUGUCAAUCGUAGUGAAUAAUUGGAAACCGGUUAAGUUGGAAGGAGCAAUUUUGGCUAAUGGUCUUUCGGAAGGGUUGAUUGGAAUCGAAGAAUGUACAGACUAUGAUGCCUCCAACAUAGUAACUAUUAAAAAGAAACGCAAAAAGAAAAAUGCAGAAAACAAAAAUCCAAAAAAACCAAAACCUGACUCUGAAGAAUUAUUAUCGCCAUCAAAACAAGGAAGCACUGAAGAAAAUACAGAAGAAACUGAAGAAGUAACUAAUAAUAAUUCUAUGAUAGCAUGGGAACAAUAUUUCCUCGACGAUUCAAUUUUGAAAGCCCUAAACGAACAAGGAUUUCAUCAACCGACUGAAAUACAGGCAUUUACUCUGCCAUCAGCAAUUUUAGGUCAACGGGAUAUCUUGGGAGCUGCUGAAACUGGCAGUGGCAAAACCCUAGCGUUCGGUUUACCAAUUUUAAAUGGUAUCCUAAGAUUAAAAGAACAAGCAAAUAAUAAAACCUCCACUAACAACGAAUCAGAUAGUGAGUCAGAUGAUGAAUUAGGCUUGGAUGAAAAUGGCAUUGGUUGUGUGAAUUCUUAUAAAAUAAAAGACACUGUCAUUAGAAAACCUUUGUAUGCCCUAAUUAUUACACCUACAAGAGAAUUGGCGAUGCAAGUUAAAAGCCAUUUGACAAAUAUUGCAAAAUAUACAGGAAUAAAUAUUGCUGUAAUUGUUGGUGGUAUGGCUGCAGUAAAACAAGAAAGGAUUUUGAGUCAUGGUCCUGAGAUUGUCGUAGGAACACCAGGCCGGUUAUGGAAACUAAUUCAGCAAGGAAACGAACAUUUGUCUCAGAUUGAUAACAUUAGGUUUUUAGCUAUUGAUGAAACAGAUAGAAUGCUUGAACGAGGUCAUUUCAAAGAGCUACAUGAUGUAUUAGAAAGAAUUAAUAUGGAUGAAGAAAUUAGAAAUAAAAGGCAAAAUUUUGUGUUUUCAGCCACUUUGACUUUGAUUCAUGAUAUUCCAAAACAUUUGUUGACCAAAAAUAAAAUUAAAGGUAGGAAAGUUAAUGAUAUGUCACCAGAGCAGAAGUUGCAAAAAAUUGUCGCUACUCUUGGUGUGACCAAUCCGAAAAUAGUUGAUUUAUCUCAAGGGACAGGAACUUCUGGAACUCUCACCGAAUGCAGAAUCACUUGUGCCAUAGACGAAAAAGACCAUUAUGUUUAUUAUUUUUUGAAAAAACAUCCUGGCAGGACUUUAAUAUUUUGCAACUCCAUAGGAUGCGUCAAACGUUUGACUACUUUGCUGUCUUUGUUGGACUGUAGUCCUUUACCUUUACAUGCUAGUAUGCAACAGAGGCAGAGACUAAAAAAUUUAGAAAGAUUCCGAGAUACUGAAAAUAGUAUCCUAAUAGCAACCGAUGUGGCUGCAAGAGGUUUAGAUAUACCAAAAAUCGAUCAUGUUCUGCAUUAUCAAACGCCUAGAACUAGCGAAAGCUACGUGCAUCGGUCCGGACGUACUGCCAGAGCCUCCAAACAAGGAAUCACUAUUUUACUCAUGGAACCAAACGAAUUUAGUAAUUACUUAAAGUUGUGUAAAACUUUAGGAAAAGGGGAGGACUUGCCAAUUUUUCCUGUAAAUGAUAAAUUUUUGAGUGCAGUUAAGGAGAGAGUUAACUUAGCUAGGGACUUGGACAAGCUUGAAUUGCAAGUGCGUAAAGCUAAUUCCGAAGAAGGUUGGCUGCAAAAAGCAGCUAAAGAUAUGGACAUUAUUGUUGAUGGAAUAUAUAAAAAAUAUGACAGUGAAGAAACAAGUUCCAGUAGAAAGUUGGCCGAAAUCAAACGGAAAAGGUUAGGGACCCUUUUGGCGGCGCAAAUAUUCCCUAAAGGUUUCAGUGGCAAAUUCCCGUUUAUGGAAAAUGCUGGCAAUACAAUUUUCGAAACGGCUGGCUCAGAAGAAAAAGCUAUAGACGUCAUGAAAACUGCCAUCGAGAGUAACUUGAAACUAAAAAAAAAGCAUAUACCAUUGUAUAAGCCAAAAAAUAAGGAAUCAAUAAAAAAAGAUAGGGGUGUUAUUAAUAUAAAAUUAAAUAAGUUUACGAAUGGUAAGAAGAAUUCGUUUAAAAAGAGCCAAAAAGGACGCAAACGUAGAUAAUUUUUGUUUUGUUAUAUGUGUGAAUAAUAAACAAAUUUAUUAAUUAUGUA